AUGGGUUUCUUUAGUACUAUAUUCGGAUUUUUUGGAUUUGGAUUUGGAAUUCUCAUUGGUCUUGUUAUUGGUUAUUUUCUCUUCAUCUUUGAUCAACCCAUUGAUGUUAAGGAUCCUGAAAUUAAGCCAUUGGCGGAGGAAGAGACCGAAGCUUUGCAACGAAUAAUUCAUGAGAUUCCACUUUGGAUAAAAAAUCCAGACUCCGAUCGAGUUGAUUGGUUAAACAAACUCAUCGAGUAUAUGUGGCCAUAUCUUGAUAAGGCAAUAUCCAAUACUGCAAAAAAUAUUGCAAAACCCAUAAUUGCCGAGCAGAUUCCAAAAUAUAAAAUUGAUUCUGUUGAGUUUGAAGUGCUCACAUUGGGGUCUCUUCCACCAACUUUUCAAGGAAUGAAAGUUUACUUAACCGAUGAGAAAGAGCUAAUCAUGGAGCCUUCCAUAAAAUGGGCUGGAAAUCCUAACAUUCUUAUUGCAGUUAAGGCAUUUGGGUUAAAAGCAACUAUUCAGAUGGUAGAUUUGCAAGUAUUUAUUGCACCUCGAAUUACUUUGAAGCCUCUGGUUCCAUGUUUUCCUUGCUUUGGAAAUAUUUAUGUGUCUAUCAUGGAAAAGCCGCAUGUUGAUUUUGGACUAAAGCUUGUAGGAGCCGAUCUCAUGUCUAUUCCUGGAUUGUACAGGUUUGUUCAGGAGUUUAUCAAAGAGCAAGUUUCAAAUAUGUACUUAUGGCCCAAAACUUUGGAAGUUCCAAUUUUAGACCCAACAAAAGCCUUCAAAAGGCCUGUAGGAAUUUUAAAUAUAAAGGUUAUAAAAGCAAUGAAGUUAAAGAAAAAAGAUCUUCUCGGCGCAUCUGAUCCUUAUGUGAAACUAAAGCUCACCGGAGAUAACCUGCCAUCGAAAAAGACCACCGUGAAGCAUAAAAAUUUGAACCCAGAAUGGAAUGAAGAAUUUAGUUUAACCGUUAAAGAUCCUGAAACUCAAACUUUAGAUAUUCAUGUUUAUGAUUGGGAACAGGUUGGAAAGCAUGACAAGAUGGGUACUAAUGUAAUCCAAUUAAAAGAACUGAAUGUGGAAGAGCCUAAAGUUUUCACUCUUGAACUUUUGAAAAAUAUGGAUCCAAAUGAUCCCCAAAAUGAUAAGUCUCGGGGACAGAUUGUUGUGGAAGUAACAUAUAAACCUUUCAAAGAGGAAGACUUAAAUAAAAGUUUUAAUAGAAUAGAAUCAAUUACAAAAGCACCUGAAGGAACUCCUAUAGGUGGAGGUCUUCUUGUAGUUAUAGUCCAUGAAGGUCAAGAUCUUGAAGGAAAAUACCAUACAAAUCCACAUGUAAGACUUAUUUUCAAAGGAGAGGAGAGAAAGACUAAGAGCAUAAAAAAAAAUAGAGAUCCAAGAUGGGAAGAUGAGUUUCAAUUUAUGGUCGAGCAACCUCCCAUUAAUGACAAAUUACACGUGGAAGUUUUCAGCACUUCGUCGCGAAGUUUAUUGCGUCAAAAGGAGUCUUUGGGUUACGUUGACAUCUCUCUUGCUGACGUUGUUUCUAACAAGAGAAUCAAUGAGAAGUAUCAUCUUAUAGACUCUAAGAAUGGUCGCAUUCAAAUAGAGAUACAAUGGUUAGCCUCAAAAGCUACUUGA